AUAGUACAAAUGCUGCAGAAGCAGCUCAUGCUAUGAGUAAUCGUGAAGGCAAACAGCUUAAAUUAUUAACAGCAAUUUUAAAUACUUCACAAAUAAGCAAUAAAAGGUUAAAAAAAUCACAAAAAAAUGAAGAGAUUGAUUUAACUAAUGAUGAAAUUACUGUAAAUAAAGACAAUUCUAAAGAAAUGUCACAAUUAGAAAAAUUGGAUUAUGAAGAACGAUUAUUACAACUUGAAGAAAGGAAAGAAAGAUUAAAAGAAUUGUGCAUCUCUAAUUUAAUUAAAGAGCGUGAAUAUGGCUUAGAAAACUAG